AAGCCACCACAAGAUAUUUUUUCUCUCUCCUAUUUGCCGCUUCAACAAAAAGUCUCUGCUCCUCCUCCCAAAUUUACCCUUUUCUCCUCUCUGUACUUCGUCUAUAUCAUUGACAUGGCUUUUGCUUCUGCUUCUGUUGUUUUGAAACUUUGAUUGAAGCUUGCUGCUUUGAGUGGGUGCCUUCGCCUUCUUCUGCCGUUUGAUGGAUCGAGAAGGAGGAGGAUCCAACGGCGGAUCUUGCUACUACUCCGUCCUCGGGAUUCGUAGGGACGCCUCCUUCUCUGAUAUCAAAACCGCUUACCACAAGCUUGCUAUGAAGUGGCACCCGGACAGAUGGGCUCGGAAUCCUGCAACUGUUGGAGAGGCCAAGCGGCGGUUUCAGCAAAUCCAAGAAGCUUACUCAGUCCUUUCGGAUCUGUCGAAAAGGUCAAUGUACGAUGCGGGGCUCUACGAUCCCUUGGAGGAAGAUGGCCAAGAAUUUUGUGAUUUCAUGCAAGAGAUGAUAUCGAUGAUGAACAACGUGAAAGAUGAGGGGGACAGUUUGGAGGACCUGCAAAGGAUGUUCGUGGAAAUGGUGGGGGGUGAUGGGGUGAGCUUUGACUUGAAUCAGGAUCAGACGGCUGGGAAGAGAGGACGCGUCAAUGGAUCUAGGGGCAACGCAGCCAAGCGCAGCAACUCACGCUCUUAGUGCGUUGUACUGAAUCCCUCUUGUAACAUUAUACUUUUUCUUACUGGAAAUUGGAUCAUUGAAAUCAAAAUCCCUGCAUUGAUUAAACAUUAAGUUUGAACACCUAGUUAGACAAUGCUUUUUAUUAGUUACUAUAUUAUGAGAACAAUGGACUAAGUGCAAGUUUGCGGGCCAUUCUAAUACGGCCCUCGGGCCAUUUUUUUAAUACUAAAUAGUUUUAAUUUCGCUGU